AUGACUGCUAAUGAUUAUGAUUACCUUUUUAAGGUCCUUAUCAUCGGAAACUCUGGUGUCGGUAAAUCAUGCCUUCUUCUUCGUUUUGCCGAAGAUAUGUUCUCUGACAACUAUAUUUCAACAAUCGGUGUCGAUUUCAAAAUCAGGAAGAUAGAGCUUGAUGGCAAAUCUAUUAAGCUUCAAAUUUGGGAUACAGCCGGCCAGGAACGUUUCAGAACAAUUACAAAAUCAUAUUAUCGCGGCUCUAAUGGUAUCGUCGUUGUUUAUGAUAUUACCAACCGUGAUUCAUUCGAGCAGGUCCAGCACUGGAUGAGCGAAAUUGAUAACCACGCCUCUCAGGAUGUCUGCCGUCUCCUUGUCGGAAACAAGGCAGAUCUUCCAGACCGCGCUGUCAAGACAGAGGAAGGUGAAGCUCUCGCCCGCCAGUUCGGAAUCCCAUUCAUGGAGACAUCCGCUAAGGAAUCCCUUAACGUAGAAAACAUGUUCAUUACAAUGGCUACGUCUAUGAAGAAGAAGGUUGGUGGUAUGGCUGCUUCUGGUUCUUCAAACGGCGGCCAGGUUACUAUCGCCAAGGGCCAGUCUGUCAACCAAAAGUCUGGAUGCUGCUAA